AUGACAGCUGGAAUUUAUAGACAAGUACAACCUGACUAUAUACAGCGCCAUUUUGAGAAAUCCUAUCUUAAGGUUCAGCAUAACUUAAUACGCGAUCUACUAUUGAGUCUGGUCUCUGUCAUAUUGAAAUUACACUCUUAUUGUGAAAUAUUAUUCUAG